CAUUGAUUUAUUAUUGUUUGUAGAAUGUAGUAGGUAACUACCAAAAAACUAACUAGUUUCAACUUUCAAGUUUCAGUUUCAAGUUUAAUGUUAUUAUGUAUUUGAAAAGAGUUAACAAAUGAAUAGUUGUUUUAUUUUUUUGGUUUUAAUGAUUCGCAUACGGUUAAGCACAAUGACAUCACACUAUAAAUGCCGUUCUGGUGUAUAUCCCCGAUCUUCUGUUAAAAGGCUUAACGUUUCUGAUGAUAGAGUUUCUUGGGAUUCCGAAUUUAAAGAUUAUAAUCCACCUUAUUAUACUUCGGACUCAGUUAAGGGAAAGUCGUGGGCUGAUCCAGAAAUUGAUACCCCUAAUUUCAGCCCUAAAUGGAACCAGAUAGAGAGAGAUGUUAACAGAAAGAGUCAUAUGGGUCACUACAACAUAGUAAAUGGCUAUCCAUUGAACCCGACAGGACGGACAGGACUUCAGGGCAGAGGAGUCUUAGGACGCUGGGGGCCCAAUCAUGCUGCAGAUCCUAUUGUAACUCGUUGGAAAGAUGUUUCUAGAGAUAUUUUACAAUUUAUUGCUAUAAAAAGAGGUGAUACUGGAGAAUGGGCUUUGCCCGGUGGAAUGGUGAACCCUGGAGAAAAAGUUUUGACUGCUGCUAUUAGAGAAUUUCAAGAGGAAGCAAUGAACUCAUUUGAAGCUUCUGAAGCUGACAAAGAAAAUUGGAAAGAGAAGUUCAAAGACUUUUUCAGUAAAGGCAUUGAAAUCUACAGGGGAUAUGUAGAUGAUCCUCGUAAUACUGAUAAUGCUUGGAUGGAAACAAUAGCAUACAAUUUCCAUGAUGAAACAGGUGCAGUUGUGGGAAACAUUAAGCUUCAAGCCGGAGAUGAUGCCAUAGGUGUUCAAUGGGUUGAUAUCACUCCUGAUAUUAUCCUCUAUGCAAGCCAUAAAGACAUCAUAGACUCUGUUCUUAAUAAGCAUCAAAAAUGUUAAAUAAUUAACUGUUGUAUUGUGAUGAUCAUUUUAUCAAUAAAUAAAAAAAGUCUAUAUUCAGACAA